AACCUCUUUUUUCUCUCUCAAACACCUGCGUCUCUCUCUGGAGAGGAGACCAACCGCCUCCCUUCCGAUUAUACCCCUAAAUCUAGGUCAACUGAACUAAACGAUAUAAACAAUUAACACUUUGAAUUAAAAGUGAAGUGAUGGAUCGGAGGAGGACUGGGAGUCCGAUGUACGGACGGCAGUGGAGCGGAGGAUCGAACAGUUCGGGAUCAUCGUCUCCGGCGCAUCCUCAGUCGCGGUCGCAGCUGGGUGCGAAUAGUGGGUUCUCGACGAUCAAACGAACACAAAACGUUGCCGCCAAAGCCGCCGCUCAACGACUUGCUCAAGUCAUGGCUUCGCAGACCACGGAUGAAGACGAGGAAGAAGACGAUCUAGGGUUCCGUUUCGGCGGUCCUCCUGUAAUUCCUAGCUUCUCCAAUAACGGUUUAAAUCACAGUACUUUGCCGGCGAUCUCAAUAGCUCGGCCUAAUAGAUCUCCCUCCCCGGCGUUAGGUCGGAAUUUUGUAGAGCAUACUCCUUCGGUGCGGUCCACGUCAGCAGGGAGGCCGGCAGUGUCGAUGCGGUCAACGACACCAAAUUUGAUGCCGCCAAGUAGAACUUCAGUUCGCACUCCAGUUAAUAUACCUCCGAUUGAUCCUCCUAACCGGAGCAGAGAUAAAAGGUUUACAGCUGAUGUAGGACAACUUAAAGCAAAAGACGCUGGACAUCAGCAUGAAGCUUCUGCACUUCGUGAUGAACUUGAUAUGCUACAAGAAGAGAAUGAAAACCUACUUGACAAGCUUCGUUCUGCUGAAGAAAAACGUGAGGAAGCAGAAGCAAGAGCUAGGGAGCUUGAGAAACAGGUUGCUUCCUUAGGAGAAGGUGUAUCACUGGAAGCCAAAUUAUUAAGUAGGAAGGAAGCAGCUUUGCGUCAAAGAGAGGCUGCUCUUAAGGCUGCAAAACAGACGAAGGAUGGUAGGGAGGAGGAAAUUGCAGCCCUUCGUUCAGAACUUGAGAAUUUGAAAGAUGGGGAUGCUACAGCUGUGGAACAACUUCGUGAAGCAGAAUCUGAAGCAAAAGCUCUUCGCUCAAUGACACAGAGAAUGAUUUUGACUCAGGAAGAAAUGGAGGAAGUUGUCCUGAAAAGAUGUUGGCUUGCUCGUUACUGGGGAUUGGCUGUUCAGCAUGGUAUAUGUGCAGAUAUAGCAGUGUCAAAGCAUGAAUAUUGGUCGGCAUUUGCUCCUCUUCCAUUUGAAGUUGUUGUUUCUGCUGGACAAAAGGCUAAAGAGGAGGCCUGGGAUAGAGGCAGUGGUGAUCCAGACAGGAGUAAACUUGCUCGGGAUCUGAAUGAUCUGACUGGAGAAGGAAAUAUUGAGAGCAUGCUUUCAGUUGAAAUGGGCCUAAGGGAAUUAGCAUCUUUAAAGGUUGAAGAUGCUGUUAUACAAGCAUUAGGCAGACAGAGACGGCUGAGUUUGCUUCAGCGAUCUGUCUCAGAUUUGAAAUCACAAGGUGACCCAAAGUGGAUAGAUGCAUUUGAAUUAAGUGAAGAGCAGGGAGAUGAUGUUCUUUUCAAAGAGGCUUGGUUAACAUAUUUCUGGAGAAGAGCCAAAGUACAUGGUAUAGAAGAGGAUAUUGCCGAAGACCGGCUUCAAUUUUGGGUCAGCCGUAGUGGGCAGACCCCUACCUCACACGAUGCUGUGGAUGUUGAUAGAGGUUUACUUGAGCUGCGGAAGUUGGGGAUAGAACAGCUACUUUGGGAAGCAUCUCGUAAAGAAAUCGACCACCCAUCUUCCGCUGCUUUGUCGAAUCACAAUGAUUCAGAGAGCUCUUAGUGAGGUGUAUUCCCUUCUCAUUUCCAACAACCUUGUUAAGUUUGCACCAAAUUUUUUAAGUUUGUAUAUUUAUUGUUCAAUUUCAUAUUAUUUUGCAUAUUAAUUUUGAUCAUAGCUUUGUCAUAAACUUCACAUG